CUUUCUUCGGCUGACGUUAGUUUUUCAUAAACAUGAGUGUAGAAAGCGACUACAGCAAAUACGACUGGGUGCGCCUGCACGCAGAACUUGAGCAGGAGAGGGAAACGAAAGAAAUGCUCAAAGAGUCCGUGUCAGAUCUGCGCAGUACCAUGCGUGAACUACAAGAAAGGCUGCGCCGUGUUGACGGGGAAGGAAAUGAGUGGAAGACAAGGUAUGAGACACAGCUCGAGCUAAACGGACAGCUGGACAGACAGAUGUCACUCAUUCAUGAGAGACUGGAGGACCUACGAGGACACCCCAUGGAUCGACUGGCCUCCAUCCGAACCUAUGAUGACAUGCCAGUAGAAACACUGAGACAGUGUCUGAAGCUCCUGACAGAAGAGAAGUGUGACCUCCGGAGUCAGCUGAUUGACUGCCAUUGCAGAAUCGAACAGGAGGGAAAGGCUUUUUAUAGAACCAAUGAUGAGAGGCGGGCAUAUAUUUCAGAAAUUUCUACGAUGUCUUCCACCCUUGAAGCCCAAAGAAGACAGUACUCCACCCAGCCACAGAGGGCACCAGAGAGCAAACGGAGAGGGAGGCAGACCAGCAGGAAGGCAGAGGCUGAUUCUAAAAAAGGAAAAGAGAGAGAAGAAGAUGGAGGAGUGUGUGUGAAAGAAGGAGGUGGAGGAGCAACAGCAGGAGAAUAUAAUUCUGAGAGAAAAGGCAGGCUACCCACACUAAAGUACUACCUUAAACACAAUCCGUAAUCCAAACCUGGUGUUAUCAUUUAAGAGUAUAUCUAACUUUGUUUACAUUUCUCAAAAGAUGAUUGUGAGGAAGGUUAUGGGCUGCUGUCAGAGCUGUUUUAUUCAGUGUUCAUUUUCAAUUGAUGCCAAAUACAGUGUUAUGAAAUGUUACAUUUAUAAGUCUGGCAAUAUUAUUUCCUUACAUGUUUCUUUGUUUCAGCAAAAAGAGUAUGUAGGAGGAAUAUUACAGGCUCUGGGGGCAGCCCGG